AUGUCGACGGCACAACUCGCCGAUAUCGUGGCCGACAGGCUGCCGCUCAUCGCGUCGGCGGCCAUCAUACUGGGCGUGACGCUCGUCGUCCAGUACCUCUUCUUCAAGGACCCCUUGGCCAACGUGCCCUUUGUCGGCACCGAGUUUGGCGGAGAGGAGGCGCGAAAGCAGCAGUUCCUCAAGGACGCAAAGCCUUUCUACCUGGAGGGCUUUCGCAUGAACAAGGUGCACAAGGUUUCGUCGCCGAGAUCGGACAAGAUUGUGUCGAUCCCCGCCGAAUUCCUUGAGGAGCUCAAGAAGCUUCCCGAUGACACCAUCAGCUUUGGCGGUGCCGUGAACGAGGUCAUGGCCGGCAAAUACACCGGAAUAGAUGGUGUCGAACCUACUGGACCGCACCUGGUCAAGAGCCACCUCACUCCAGCGCUCGCCAAAAUCAACCCGGUCCUGACCGAAGAAGUCGCCCGCACCGUCCGUGAGGAGCUGGGCUCGGUCGAGGACUGGACCGAGGUCAACAUCCACAGCAAGCUCCUCCGCAUCGUCGCCAUCGUCUCGGGCCGCAUCUUCCUCGGCCCCGAACUGUGCCACAACGAAAAGUACAUCGAGUCGGCCAUCCACUACACCGUCGAGGUCAACAUGGGCCGGCAGGCCAUCUUCAGACUCCCGGCGUGGCAGCGGCCGUUCCGCGCCUGGUUCCUGCCCGAAAUCAAAAACCUCCAGAAGCGCGAAAAGGACUUUUACGCCCUUAUCGAACCUGUCGUCCGCGCCCGCAGGGAGGCCAGGAGGUCCGACCCGAACUACCAGGCGCCCGACGACAUGCUCACCUGGCUCGAGGACUCGCAGGACAAGACAACCCGCAAGAGCAUCCGGGAGAUUGCCAGGCUUCAGCUGGGUCUUAGUUUUGCCGCCAUUCACACCACGACCAUAACGACUACCAAUAUCUUGUACGACCUCGCAGCCCACCCCGAGAUGAUCACCGAGCUGCGCGAAGAGGCGGCGGCGGCGCUGGCCGAGCACGGCGGCGUUUUCACUGCGCCGGCGCUGCACCGGAUGAAGAAGACGGACUCGGUGAUGAAGGAGAGCAUGCGCGUCAACCCGGCGGGCUACUCGGCCUUUAUGCGCAAGGUGAUCAAGCCGUUCCGGCUCUCCAACGGCCAGGAGAUCCCCGCGGGCGUCACCAUCGAGGUGCCGGGCUACGGCGUGUCGCGGGACCCCGCCGCCUUCCCCGACGCCGAGAGCUGGGACGGCCUGCGGUUCUUCAGGCUGCGCGAGGCCGGCGAGACCGUCGGCAGCGCCAGGCAGGGCGGCGGGCGCGCCUCGGCCGUCGAGGUCAGCGCCCAGAACCAGUUCGUCAGCGUGUCGAGGAGCAGCCUGGGCUUCGGCUACGGCCGCCACGCCUGCCCUGGCAGGUUCUUUGCGUCCAACGAGGUCAAGAUGAUCCUCGCCAGGCUGGUGCUCAACUACGAUAUGAAGCUGGCUGGUGGCGAGACGGAGAGGUAUAAAAACAUUGAGGCUGCCGGAGCGUGUGUUCCCGACCCGACCAAGAUGCUUCUUUUCAAGGAGCGGGCUUGA